CCUCUCGGUCUCUAGAGCGUAACGCCGGACAGGUGGGUGGAUGUCGGAUGCGCAUACACGUGAUCCGGGGAGCCUAUCGGAUGUUAGCGCAGGUGAGAGCCUGUGUGGGGAGACCCGGGGGUGGAGAAAGAGUGAGCUGCUCCGCCUAAUGCUGCAGAAUUUCGCAUUCCUGGAGACGUCUCCCCCUGCCUGCAGGUAAAUGGACCCGUCCGCUCUCCUGCUGCUCAGCUAUCAGGACAGCUGCCACGUGUUCAAUGGCACAGGACAAUGAGACCUCGGUAGGAAGUUCUUCUGUGUCAUCUUCCCUGGAAGUAGACUCAACUCUCUACGAGGGCUACGUCUGUACCUUAAACCCAGAGCUGGUCCUCAAGGCUAGGGAAGAACUUCAGGAGAAGCCAGAAUGGAGGUUACGUGAUGUGCAGGCUCUGAGGGACAUGAUAUGGAAGGACUACCCUAACCUAAGAACACGAGUUGAUGACGUUUUCCUGCUUCGCUUCCUGAGGGCUCGCAAGUUUGACUAUGACCGAGCUCUACAGCUAUUGGUUAAUUAUUACAGUUGCCGGAAAGGUUGGCCAGAAGUAUUUACCAAUCUGAGACCUUCUGCGAUUAAGCCUGUGUUGGACUCUGGGUUCUUGACUGUGCUACCUCAUGCAGACACAGAUGGAAGACGUAUUGUCUGUAUUCGCCCUGGUCAGUGGAAUCCCCGAAAUUUCCCAAUUACUGAAAACCUUCGUGCCAUGUAUCUGUCUCUGGAAAAAUUAAUAGAAGCCGAGGAAACCCAAGUGAAUGGUAUUGUGAUCUUGGCAGACUAUGAGGGGGUUGGAUUGUCCCAAGCUUCUCAUUUUGGACCAUUUAUUGCCAAGAAGAUCAUCGGAAUUCUUCAGGACGGGUUUCCAAUUAGGAUAAAAGCAGUCAACAUAAUCAAUGAACCCAGAAUAUUUAAAGGUAUUUACGCCAUACUGAGGCCAUUUUUGAAGGAGAAGAUAGUAAAGAGGAUAUUCCUGCACGGGUCAGACCUGAACUCCCUCCAUAGCAACAUUCCUAAGUCCAUCUUGCCGGAAGAAUAUGGAGGCACAGCCGGGAAGCUGGAUAUUUCCACGUGGAGCCAGAUCCUCUUGGCAUCCGAAAAUGACUUUGCACAAGACUUUUGCCAGGCCAACCUCACCCGAGACGGCUCCCUCCAAGGGUUUGUAAUGAACGACGCAGAUUCGGAAUACGCGCAAUGCGAGGAGUCUGCACGCGGGGUUAAAUCCCAGCUCUACUGUUACUGAAUAGUAUUCCUGUGCCGCCCCCGUUCUGUGCUGGAACAGUGGCCGAGACCCUGGGUCCAGCGUUUGAAUAAAUGUCCAUGAACAGGCGGCCCUGUUUUUUAUUGUUAAAGGGGGUUGGCCACUUUCUGGUUACUGACUAUAUGGCAUCCAAUAAUCUAGCUGCGCCAUUUUCUAUAUCUCAUAGGGUAUGCCCAGGGGUUCCCUACUCAACGGUGGACACGUGGCGUCACGACACAAGUUUACAUAUACAUACACCAUAUAUAUGCAACACACAUACACAUAAAUACACCAUAUACAUGGCACACACACAUAAAUACACUAUAUAUACACUACACACAUACCACCCAACUAAGAAGCUAAACUAUCUAACGGCGCACAAAGCAAUGGAAAUGAACAUCUCCAGCUGCCCUGCUGCCGCCAGAGCACCGGAUCGGGACUCAGCCGGUAACACUGUUCUCCGAUCCAGUUGUAAUUUUAACAACCGGAUCUGGAGAACUGGCUGAAUCCCAUGCCCAUGCCUGGGUAUGCCCCCCAAGUCUUUUGUUCUCUCUACCCAAAGGGCUUGUCCAUAAAAUGGCCGCUGAUGGAGGGUCAUGUGACCAGGCAAAUCACCUCCAUGUGAUGUCUCAUGUGUUCAAAUACACUGAUCGGCCAUCCUCACUUGUACUGUUGGGAGUUCAGUGCAGUGUGUUUAAAUUGAGGAGCCUGAGUGAUGUGUCUGGUCACAUGACCCUCCAUCAGCGGCCAUCUUAUGGACAGGACCUCUAUGUGGACAGCACAGCAAGGGGACAUGGAUUAUAAUAUAUAGCAAACGGCACAGAAUAUUAGUAAUGUCAUACACAUUGGUUACAAGUAGCCAGGAAGUGGUCAACCCCUUGAAUUUUAAUUUUCCUUCCUCUUAACCUGUGUUCAUUCUUUGAAGUGUAAUAAUUAACUAUAGCAUUGCCAAGUGCCCCCCUCCCGUUUUGCAGCUUUACCUUUUAAGCACUUGUUCUCUUUUUAAAUAUCUGUAAUGAUUUUAUUGCCUAAAACAAACAAAUUGGGCCAUGCUAUGGCACUAAGAGCCCUCUCUCUCUCUGUUGCAUAACUACAACCCACAGCAUACCCUGCCCUGAUUUUUCACUGCAUUAGGAUCUGUUUCCAAUGCAGUGGAGGUCAAUCUGGAACAAUAUUGGGGCCUCAAAUGUGGUUCUCGAGGGGGCAGGACAAGGGGUAAUAGGGUGAUGAUGCACCAAAAUCCUAAUUUACACAUUAAUAAAAAGUAAUUUUUAUCAGGAUCGGCACAAGGAAGGAACGUAAACGAGGUAUAAUUUUACUCAGCAGGAUCAACUGGAAUGGUGAUCAUGCCUGGGUUGAUUCUGCUGACCACUGUUCUUUAAAUUUAAAGGGGUAGUCUUGUAUUGGGCAUCACCUAUCCAGAUUAAACCUUUAACCAGUGUAAAUACUCACUGUAAGGUAUGGGUGUCUAUGCUGUACCACGUGCAAGCACCUCUAGUACCCAGAGCCUGCGUUGGAUGCAGCCUUUGGCUUUAGUAAGGACUUUAUUGUGUUAUAUAUGUUGUCAUAGGUCAUUUAAGAGGAUAUGGUCAAAAUCGUGGGAACUGCCGUAAUAACCUAUCAGGAAAGUUACUGCUGUUACUUUCUGUAGAGCUAGGUAUAGGGACUACUUAUGGGAGAGGUUUGGUUCUCUGGGUAAAGGCAUUUGGAGCUCACUGCAUGCGGCUUGUACAUUGAACUGUCCUCAUUCAGCUUGUAAGUGCCCUCUAGUGGUGAUUUCAAGCAACCAGAAUUUUAGCUUUGAAGUCUAUAGCUGUGUGACAAAACGCAGGGGAUGUUAAGCUCUUUUCUCAUAAAGGUAUAUUUUAUAUCUGCAACCUGUGGCUCUUCAUCCGAUCCAAAACUAUAACUCCUGGCAGGCCCUAACUACCUGCAUCUUUUAGGGGAGUUUUGAGGCAGAUGGAAAACCACAGGUUGAAGAUCACGGGACCACAGCUAGAGCGCUAAUUGUACCAUGCGCCCCUUUAAGUCCAGAAUACAGGUGGCUUUGAGGUUUAGUACAAAUGAAAAUUCAUGUUACUGUUUUGCACUGAUUGCUUAUUGUGGGCAGUAUGGCCAUAUAUUCUGUUACAGUUUUGUCAAGAUGCCCAAUGUGUUCCUAUAUCAGGUGUUCCAGGUUUCUUGGGUUGCCGCUUCCAUAUUAUUUACUGAUGAUUUUGUGCCAUAUUUUACAUUGCAUCUGAAUAUUAAGUGUUGUUUAUAUGUCAAUGACAUUGUAUUAAGGCCCUUGUGUCCCAUCGACAUGGGCCAGUGCUUGUAGGUAUAAUAGCUGGGUAAACCGUGAUCCUUGUCACAAAAUACUAGUGUGGGUGUGUUUUCCUUUAAGAUGGUAGGUACAUACAAUUGUAUCCAGGGAGCUGCUACAGCAAGGUGGCCCAUUGUGACCUAACUUUAAAGAGGAUCCGGUGUAACCUUUUCUGACAUGUCUCCUUUAGUAACUUCUUACAUUCGUCAUGUAGAACCAUUGCUGGAGCAUCUACUCAUGAGUAUAUCGUGUCAUUCCUUUAUUAUUCCUGCUACAAGAUAUGGACAAAAUGCUAAGAGUUUACAAUGAAGGUCCAGAUGAGUGUUACUAGAUGGAGGUGUGCCCUGCACAGUCUGACACGUGUAGCACUGAUUGGAUAGUGUCAGACCAUGCAAGGACACACCCUCAAACUUGACUUGUACCAACCAUCUGGACCUUUAAUGCAAACUACUAGUAAUUCAUUCAUGACUUCUAGCAGGAAUAAUAAAGGAAUGGCACAUCAUAGAGUCAUAAGAAAAGAUGCUCCAGAAUUGUAAUUACAAAGGGGAUCAAGUAGUUACUAAAAACAGACAUAUCAGGAGAGGUUACAGGUCCUUUUAAACAAAACUGGUGACUAAAGAUUAAAGCUUUCCCAUCGAUACAAAGCAAACUGCUGUAUCUCCCCCCCCUUUAGGCCAGACACAGGCGAGCAAGUUCAAUACGAGGAACUUGCUGCAUGUGGCAGUGUGUGUUCUCGCUCUGAUCCCUGCUCCUCUGACAAGAUCACACAGCAUUAUUAUAAUGAUUUAUAAGGCUGUGUGUCCCUGCCAGACCAGGAACCUAUUAAAUGACAUUGACAUCAUGCUGAGCGGGAACAAACACUGCCACGCUGCGAGUUUCUCACUUUGCACUCACGUGUCUGUGUCUGGCCUUUUUAGAGUAUAUAUUCUAACAAUAGGUAUGCUUUAAUCUUGCUGUUAUUUAAUCUAGUUGUAUGUAAUUAGGUGACAAAGUGUUAAACUUGUAAUUUGGUUAAGGCUACAUUCACAUGAAAGCGUGGAAAACGUCAGUCACAUGGUCAUUUUUAAUUAAACUCUAUGGGGCUAUUAACAUGGCCACCUUUUUAACAGUGAAUAUUGGGUAUCAAAAAAAAUAGGACAUGUUCUAUUUCCCCCCCCGACUUUAUGGCCAGAGGGAUCCAAUUGACAUCAUUGGGCCUGUUUUUAACGGCCAUUUAGACAAAAGAAAAAUGUGUACAUUAUGUUCCAAAAAAAAAAAAUGUAAAACACUGGCUUUGCACUGACGGCAGUAGGACCUGAUACUCCCAGCAUGGUGACAUCAGGUCCUGCUGCCUCCAAUGCAUUGACCUGAAAAAAGCUCUGUCUGCCCAAUCGGGGGUGGGCAUCAGAUGUCCAGGGGGCAUUAUGUAUACUAAGGGCAUUGCAGAGAUUGCCCGUUAAAAACAGACGGAAAAUGGAUACACACAUACAUGCAAAAUGAAGGUGUAAAAGGUCCUAAAGUAAAAGUCUGUUUUUAACAGCAGUUUUAUUUUUUUUUACUGUUGUGUGCAUGUACCCUAAUAGAAACUUCUACCAUCCCAUGAUAAGGGAUUUUCAUUUGAUGUUGGGUAAAUCUAGUCAUAUCAGGUCCAUCUGUAUUCUGUUGGGGGGGGGGGGGGGGCGUAGAUUACCAUGAACCAGUGGUCUCCAACCUGUGGCUCUUCUGCUAUCGCACAACUACAACCUCUACUAUGCUCUGACAGCACGUGGUUGUCAGGCCAUGGUGGGAGUUGAUUUUUAAUUUUUUUUUGUUUUUUCAGCAACUGGAAGGCUGCAGGUUAAACAAGACCACUGCCAUAGACAAAUAUGUGGAUAGUUCUAUUUUAAACAGUCUAUAGGGAUAUUUUUGUACAAAAAAUAGUUUGUGUGUGAGGCUUGAAUGUGACCGUGAUUACGAAUUAGACCCAUUGUCAUGUUUGGUCUGGAUCGCAGACAGCUGCCUCUUCUGCUGAGGGAGGUGACCUGGUCUCCUGUAUAGGAACAGCGAGCUGUAUAUAAUAGUGUAAUUUUUGAAAGUAUUACACUCUUGCGCAUCACAGUCGGACAGUCCUAGGAGCACCAAUAGGGCAGAAGACACAACCUGUAGGCCCAGUCGCCUCAUUCAUGCUGCGUUACUUCUGCAGCGGGAGUGAGCGGCGGCACAGUAAGGUUGCGACUACACAUAGCUUCUCCCCCCCCCCUUAAAAAAAGUAUUUGCCGCCUUUCAUGUCACUUCUACUAUAAAGCAAAAUGGGUAAAAGUACAAUGUUACUGAAAGAAAAUAAAUUUACGCAACAUACUGGCUGUCUAUGGGACAAAAACACCAGACAAAAAAAAAGCUAAUUGACCCCCAAAAAUUCAACUAGGUUGAAAAACACCAGGUGCUUCGUUUUAAUACUUUCCAUAGAUGUCUGAGUAUCGGGAUUUUUUUUUUUUUUACUUAAAAUGCCAAAAGAAAAAGGAACCAAAACCCCUCAAAAAUAUGUGACACCAGCCUAAAGAUUAUUAUUAUUAGAGAUGAGCGAAUUUUAUAUUUUGAAAUUCAUUCACGCUUCGUUUGGUGGUAAAAGCAGAAUUGCGUUAUGGAUUCCGUUACCACAGACCAUAAUGCAAUUAUAU